AUGAGUGAGCAAGAGAGGGAGGCAGAGGAGGAUGAAGGAGAGGGCACCUCGGACACAGCACCCAUGCUGCCCCGAAGGCCCCCCGCCCUGAGAGGCCCUGGGGGGCCCGGCCUGGCCAUCAGAGGCCUCCGGACCCUGCUGCUGCCCGGCCGCGCCCUGGCUGGGCUCCUGCUGCACCUGCUGCUGCCCGGCACCGUCUUUCUUCUGGCUCUGCUGCCGGCCGCCGCAGUGGUCUACCUGGGGUUCCUGUGCCACUCGAAGGUGCGCCCCGCGCCCGGCGCCCGCUGCCGCGCGCUGCUGUCGGACCGCGGCUCCGCGGCGCUGAUCGUCCUCGGUUUCCUCGCGCUGCCGCCGCUGCUCGCGCUCGCCUCGGCCGCCCGCGCCCGCCUGGCCCUGCGCCUCCGCGCGCUGCUGCUGCCCCCCGCGCCGGGCCCCCGCGCCGACGACGGACCGCAGCAGCUGUGCGCCCGGCUGUGA